GCCCUCUCUUGUUAAGUUCAAUUUUGCAAGCGGGAACGAACAUUGUCCGGCUACCUUUGGCAUUUAUCAGCGGAAUAAAGAGCGUUCUAUCCAUCAAAUAUCACAUUCAUCAUGGCAGAUACCAAGACAGAAGAGCCACCACACAGCCCAGACAUCCACUUUGAGCCCAUUGUCAGGUUGGAGCAAGUAGAGACAAAGACAUUAGAAGAAGAUGAAGAAGAAAUAUUCAGAUUGAGGAGUAAAUUGUACAGAUAUGAAAGCAACAGUGAACCACCAGAGUGGAAAGAGAGAGGUGUAGGCGACGUCAAAAUUCUUAAACAUAAAAAUAAUCAAGGCAGAGCUAGAAUCCUCAUGCGGAGAGACAAGACUCUAAAAAUAUGUGCAAAUCAUUUCAUUACAUCGUUCAUGAAACUUCAACCCAACUGCGGCAGUGAGAAGGCGUGGGUGUGGUCAACUCCUGCUGAUUUUGCUGAUGAAGAACCCAAACCAGAAACAUUAGCAAUUCGAUUUGCCAGUGCUGAAAAUGCUCAAAAGUUCAAGGACAAAUUUGAAGAAUGCCAGAAACUUUUGUCAGAGCAAGAGAAAAAAGACGCUGAGAAACCCGAGUCCUCGGACACACCAGCAGAAACUACAGACAAAGCGACAAACUCCUCUGAGAAAUCAGCAAACGAAAUCGCUGAGAAGCUUGGAGAGAUGACGGUCAAGGAAGACGGAACUCCCAAGGAGGCCGGAGGAGACGGUGAAACCAAGGAAGAGGAUAAUAAUACAGAAAAGACAACGACAAGCCAAGACACAAAAGAGGACAGUAAAGAGAAACCUACGACGGAUGACACUAAGACGGAAUGAUGUUGAUUCCUGCCACCCUGUAGAAACCACAAGAUGUUGACCAAAACACCAAUCAGCUGGUCUUCUUGGUUUGAUACUAACUGAUUAUCAGUUUCACAACAUUCAAGAAAUCUAGCCCUGCCAAAUGAUAUCUUCCCACCGGUCUUAUAUCUAUCUAUACAAAAUGACAAUUUGCGAAACUAAUGGGUUACUGUUACAGGUUACAUAGUCCAUAUAAACAUUAGAAUUUGGUUCACACUUCCUGCAAAUGCUUCGUGCGAAGUGAAUUUGGCGCCACAGCUCUGUUUUUGCUACAAAUGUUUCAGAACAGAUGUGCGCAGCUGAACUCUUUAAAAUGGUUUGUUGCAAAUUUUUGACGCAAAAAUUCGCAUCGCAUUCAUGUUUGCAGGAAGUAUGAACCGGGCUUGAGUCACAAAAGACAGCCAGCAAGUAUAAAUUAACUCUUUAAGUAAUGGACUCCUGUUCAUGACUGUCUCGACAAUGUCAUGUAAGGGGCUCAGCAAUAUUCCUCUGUUAAGGAGCACUCUAACAGGAAAAUUUAAAUUUGUACUGGAACUUUGCAAAGGGCACCACAGCAAAAGCACAGGGCACCACGGUAAUUGCUGUGGGUGGCGUGGGUCAUUUUGAGGCCUGGUACAAUUCCAUCCCAUUCAAAUAUUCAAACAUUCAAAUGAAAUAAAUUUUUCAGUUGAUCAAUCAAAAUAACAGGAGAGAUUUCCUAUUUCUGAUACUUAAUAAAUGUAUCCAGUUUUCAAAAGAAACAACAUGUUAUCACUUAGUGCAUGCUUUCUCCGUACCGUGCUGUAUUUGAAUGUUGAUGACUAAGUGUUGCACAACAGUCGACUGUUUUUACCGGCUUUUCAAACAUCGGAUAUUUGAUUGGAUUAUAGCUGAUUAUUUAUUCACCUAAUUAUUGAGGAACAUGGUUUAUGCCAAGCAGUCUCAUACUCUAAUAAGAUAAGAAAGGCUACCACCAACCUUACUUGGGUGUAACUUAGAAAGUCAGUUUGUUAGGAAAAAAAAGCUUUGAUUCCAGUAUGUUCAAUGAGUUGCAUUUUAUACGCACAUCUGUAUUUUAGAAAAUACAGGGACAGUGUCGCAUUUGCCCUAUCCAAAUGAUUUGCGACUGAACAGUAAGCUUGUGAAGUUAAAAGUUGAAAACAAGUAAAUCUAUUUGUCCUAAUAAAA